GUGCUUCUAGAUCAGCGGCGUCUGCUGCCUCGAGGCAGGACUCUCCCCGCUCCAAGACCAAAGCUCAGACAUUCCCAACUCGUGGCUUGCACGCCUCACAAUCCCCUUUCCUCUAAUUGAGCAAAUUUCGGGCUUCCUCCCGUUAGACAUAACCUGUUACUCGUCUCUCUCCGUGACCACUCGUUGCCGCCGACCUACCACUUUGCUCAUUCUUCGACACCGGACCAGGUCGCAUGCUCAAGGCCCUACAAGCCACAUCUCCGAUGGCCGUGUCCGAACCCAGAGCCAAGCUGAAAUCUGUGCUUGGUUUUGCUGCCAGCGGAACGCCGAAGGACGUCGAGACGCUUCCAUCCCUCGCAAACAACAACGGCUACAACCGCCCUCAAGCAUUCUCGCGUCGAAGUAUCGACAGCGUAGCCAGCUAUCAAGUCAAGGGCAAGACCCGUACAAAUCGUACAAGCGUGGCGGACGGCCCUUUCUUUGAAGAAGACGCUGUAACUAUCAGCUCAGACGUCCCCGGAAGCAUGAGGAACGGCAUCGCGCCCCGUUCAAUGCCCUCGCGCAGGAUACCCGGUCGCGGCGAGAAGCAAGAGGGACAUUGGACCAUUAGCGUGGCUGAGACUCCGCACGAUACGUCGUCGUACAGCCUGUACGUCAAGACACCGACCCACAAUCUAACGCUCACUCGCAGCGCAGUCGAGAUCGUCGAAGUAGACGGGAAGUUGCGCGAUACUCUACCAGGGCUCAAGUUGCCCAAGCUGCCGCUUGAUGCCUCCAGUUUGCCGUCUCCACCCAAGAAGAAGGGCAAUUUCCUCAUCACGCUUUCGCGGUUCGCGUCACCGUCAAGCAAGAGCUCUACCUUGCGACAAGCCUCUUUGAGUCGUCCGACCACAGUAACUGCGCAGUCGAGCUCACAUACGUCCUCUGUGAAUACUCCCGUCGCGUCUCCCUCACAAGAGCGCGACGAUCCAUUUUCAUCCUUCUCCCCAGAAACCCUCGGCGGCGUCGACGGAGAGAUUCAUCCGUCGCAUGCCAUCGUGACUGCCCUCGGAGCCUACCUCACCGCCGUAGCAAAUGACCCCGAUGUCCGUCAGACACGCGUGUGGAAGCGAUUCGUGAGGGUGCGCACGGAUGACCUCCAGAGUGCACGGCCAGAACGUGCAAUCAAACGCGUGCGUUCAGACCUUGCAGCCCAUCCAAGUCCCAGCAGCACUGCGCCGUCCAUGAGCCAAGUUCUAAGCGACGCCGAGAACAUCGCCAGUGGCACCAAGACGCCCGAGGAGCAGACUCAAGAGGAGAUUCCCGCUCCUGCCCAGCCCGAUGCCGAACAGAAGCCUGAGAUUGACGAUGCCCCAACCGCCGCGGACGAGAAGCCCGCUCAGGAAACGGGCUAUGCGCCUGGCGCUCCAUACACCACCGGGCAGGCUGAAGAGCCAUUGCGGGCAGAGCCCGAACAACAGCCCUCAUCAGAGCCCGUGCACGAUACCUCUGCAUCCCUUCCCGAAGCUCCAAUACCUGUUCCCAGCACACCUGAGACCGAGGAAGUCGGCCGAUCGACCCCCACGCCCUCUGAGUCGCCCUCCUCAAGAAACUCGCACAUUGUCCGUUCCCAGUCAGCAGACCCCAUGCAGCGAGCAUCCCGCAUCCAUUCAAGCUCGUCCGCUAUAUCCCAAUCGCUUCGGGGCAGCUCUUCCCAGGCUUCUAUGACCGGUGAUGAUUCCUCUAUUUCGACUACUGGACGGCGCUCAAGUCGGAAGAAGCGCUCGAAGUCUGUCGACCCUGCCCAGCUUGAGAAGAAGAAAUCGAAGCGAAAAGUGGUUAUUGACGACUUCGAGUUGGUGCGAGUCCUCGGGAAGGGUUGUGCGGGCAAAGUGCUCCUCGUGCGCCACAAGCCAACGUCCGGUGUGUACGCCCUCAAGGCUAUUACGAAACGGCAUGUGCUCGCACAUCAAGAGCUGCAACACACUCUCACGGAGCAGGCGGUGCUCAAGAGGAUGGCCGCUGAGGGUACGGACCCUUUCGUGGUCAGGCUCUGGUGGAGUUUCCAUGACAAAGAUUACCUAUACUUGGUCAUGGACUUCCAUCCUGGUGGAGAUCUGGCCACACAGCUAGCUCGGCUCGGCCGCUUGGGCCGCGACCGGGCCCGUUUCUACGCAGUCGAGAUAGUAGAGGGUGUAGAGGGCCUUCAUGCGGCAGGUGUGAUCUACCGCGACCUCAAGCCGGAGAAUAUUCUCAUUGCGAGCGACGGCCACAUUGUCCUGACGGACUUCGGUCUGUCCAAGGAAUUCCCACGCCGGUCAGCUGCGGUCACCGCACCGCCAACGCCGUCCGGGUCAAGAAACGAGUUCCUCGAUGGCUAUGGGCAGCCUACCACCCCGCCUUGGAUGGAGGAGCAGCGUAUCGCGAACCCCUGGACAGGAUUGAAUGACACAACAACCACUUUCUGCGGUACUGCGGAGUAUCUAGCGCCCGAGGUCAUCCAGGGUCUGCCGUACAGCUAUGAAGUCGACUGGUGGAGCUUCGGCACAAUGCUGUAUGAAAUGCUUGUCGGAAUAACGCCGUUUUGGGCGGACAACCAUUCCGACAUGUAUUAUAGAGUACUGCAAGACGAACUCGUAUUCCCUGACGAGAUCCACAUCGAUCGCGAUACCAGAAGUCUGAUUCGAGGACUGCUUCAACGCAACCCCGCCCUCCGUAUGAAAGAGCCAAGGAUCAAGAAGCAUCCUUACUUCUCAAUGAUCGAUUGGUCACAUGUGUAUCACAAACGCUACAUCCCGCCUUUCGUUCCGCCAAUCGACCCGUUGAAUGCCGGCGAUACGCAGAAUUUCGAUGAUACCUAUCUCGAGAUGGAGCCAGUCAUUGCCGAUGAGGCCGACGACAGCAACGCGGAGAAUGAACAGACGGAUAACGAGCGGACGGAUGGAGAAGAAUCCGUUGCUACUCCUUCGCAGUCGCGCAGCCCAUCUGUCCACCCCGAAGAAGGUGCCGUCGAUGUGUUUGACGGGUAUUCCUUCAAGGGUAGGCACUCGGUCAUCCUGGACGACGAAGGCGAAGAGGGCGAAGGCGGUGGGUCUAGUGAUGAAGACGGUGGCGAAGGAGAUGAAUCAGAGGAGGAGUACGAGGAGGAAUCUGCCGUCAACGAGAUGGAGACUGUCAACGAGGAGCCCGAGCCCGAGCCGGUAACUCCUGAGGCCAGGUCCAAGGAUCUUCCCGAGCCCGCGGAGCCGUCACAAGCUGAAGCUGCUCCAUCUGUCGAACCGGCGAAACCGGCGACGGAGCCUGCAGUGACCGCGGAGGCUGUCAGCAUUGCAGAAGAAGAGACGCAUGCAGGGCCGAAGGAAGAACUAGUUGCUCCCGUUAGGGCUUCCGCGCCAGAGGUCAUAGAACCCAUGGAGCCCGUAGAGCCCAUAGAGCCUGUGAAGCCGGCAGUACCGGAACCAGAACCGCAGCCAGAACCUGCCCCAGCUGUGCCCGCUAAGGAGGAGAUCAUCGUCAUCAAGCCUCCAGUUCCUCGACCUGUCGCUAAGGUCCGGGCUCGUCGCGAAAAGUCCGGUAUUCCAGCUCUGGAUCGCGACCUCGAGAACUACGAGGAAGGUGCCAUCGCCGAACGCGACGAAGAGGAAGAUGACUGGGACUUCGUUGAAACAAACGUGGACGAGGAGCGGAACGGCGCGAAAGGCGCUGGCCUCUUUACUCGUGGUGGCGUCGUUGAUCGCUACAGGCUCACCGUCUUCCGUAAGUCGACGACACGCAGGUCGAAUGGUCGUUCGCGGAACACAGAGUCGGAAGAGGGCACACAGUCACCGGCGCUUUCGGAGAAGCAGCGGCGCGGCAGGAACCCCGGCCUCACCUUCCGAAAGAGCCCCAAGGAGUUUUUGCGCACCAAGUCGCCUCCACCAAGUCUCUCGAGUAAUAAGUCGCGCAUUCAACAAGCCCUGUCUUCAGUAUCUACGGCGUCGAGUGCUGGUCCCAUUACGCCGUCGGCUUCGCUGUCAUCUGCCCUUCCCGUAUCGCCAUCUCUGAAGUCCAAAGAAUCUGCAGUCUCCGUGGGCUCUCCUAGCGAGUCCUCAGACCAGUCAGUCAACGGCGACAUAGCGACCAACGGUGAUGCUCCACGCGGUGUCUCGGUAGGAUCCAUCGAGGAGAAGCAAAAGAACAAAGUUCUGAAGAAGUACAAGGAGGGGGCCGAAAAAAUGCUGUCCAUCUUCCAAUCACCUCGGUAGCCCUGCACCCCUCAAUCGGGUCUUGGGGUUUUAUGGCGCUAUCUACAUGUUUUCGUGGAAUCUCUUGUUUGGAUGCCUAUGCUUAUCUAUUGCCCGGUUUGAACUCACUCCUGACACUAAACUGUUUAAUGUUUCGGCAUCGCAAUCACGCGUUCAGGACCGUUCGUCUCUGCCACUGCUCUUCGCUGAUACCACACUCGUUUUUCAAAUUGUUUUUAUAGUUUGUUUCACUGCACCCAAUGCUGUCCUUGUAAUCGCUCGUAAUAGUCCAAUAGCAAACCAUAGCCUCAAUAGAGUCACUCUUUAAUCAUAGGAUUCUCAUAGUACGACCAGUUAAUCACAUUGAAAACCCCUCCUUUCCACUACGAAUACACUAGAACGACGGCAUGCACAAUAUAUAUACAUAAUUCCAAGCAGACGAAUGCGGAACGACGAUUAGAUGAAACAAUACUAUCAGUCUAGGUCUUGUAAACUUUUCCUCAGUAUCUGUACCCGCUCCUCGACUCGGUCGAGGACACUAUUCAGCUCGGCAACUUCGGUCUUCACAUCGCCCGUUGGCUCCGAACGUAUCGCCGGCCAUCCGCCCGCGGCAGCCUUGGUCGCCGUGAGCUCGUCCCAGAGGGCGGUGACGAUGCCCUGGACCCACUUCUCGCGUUCCUCAGUGCGGCGCAUCUCCUUGCGGCGGCCGACCUCCUCGCGCUUGCCCAUCAUGACGAGCGUCCAGAUGUUGCUGAUCACGAGGAGGACGAUGACGAAGUACAUGAUCGCGCUCGCCGAAGACUGGUCCCAGGCGUCCCUGAUGAGCUCGAGCGCACCUUCGGUAGAUUGCUUCGCGACCUUCAUCGUGCCCUCGAGGGUUUCGUACGCCCACUGCAGCCCGCGCUGGCUGCGUUCCAGCUCGCGCACCUUCAAUUCGUCGCUGGCCUCCUUGUCUGCGCUUGUGAGCGCUGGCGAUGCUGGGGCGGCGGCCUCUGCCUCUUCGACGUCCACUCCUUCAGGGAUGAACUCGGACUGGUGUCUGUGGAUGUAGUCCCGCAUGGAUCUCUCGAGCGCGACGUGGUACGUCUUCUGCCCAUCGAUAGCGGACUUUUCGACGAUACCCUUGAUGAAGCUCCGGCCUGUCCACUCAACCUGCGUGGUGAUGAUAACCUUCGUUGAGAUGCUGCUGGCCCACAUGAUACACGUCCGUGUCUUCACAGAGAAGACACUACCGCUCGGCACCUCGGGUGUGCGCGUGGUCGUGACCAUCGAGACGUACUCUUCGAAUUCGCAGAACGCCAUCUCGUCCCUCAGCUCGCAUCUCGUCUGCCUGGGACCAAUGCUAGCCGUCAGAGGCUUGAUGUACGACAUGUUCCUAGAGAGAAGUAUCGCAUUGCCGGGUAGGGGCUCCCAAUCCGAAAUCUGGAUAUCCAUGAGCUUCUGCCCAUCACGCAUGAACUCUUUGAUGAACCCGCUCGUGAACAUGAGAUUGUAGAUCUUCUCUGGUGUCCCAGGGAACACUGUCUCCAUCGCAGUUUCGGUAUAGUGCUGUCCAUUCUUCCCGUCCCCGCGAUCGCGCGGGACUGCGUACUCGGUCGAUGGACGAGCGCGAACGAUGCGAGUUCGACCGCUCGUCGCGAGCUAUGAUCUCAGCAGGAGUGAUUUGGGGCAUGGACACGACAGGAUUCGCCAUGGCGAGGCCAGAAGCAGCGAUGGCACCGGCGAGGCCUGUGGUCUUACGCUUGGGUGACUUGGAGCUCGUGGUGCUUGCUGACGCUGGACCGGGACUGACAGGCGCGGACUCCUUCACCGACAGGCGCCGGAACAUCCUGCGCUUCUUGCUAGUGCUGCCGACGGAGUAGAUAGACGCCGCAUCUGACUUGUCCGGGGCAGCAAGCAGGGACGAGUUAGGAAAAGAGGGAACGGUAGCACUUGUGGACAAGGUGUGUUUUGAGAGCCCGACGUCUGCAAUCGCAUUGCUUGAGCUAAUCUUCGUGGGGGACUCCACAAUGGGUGACAUACCCGCGCCGCCGUUUUCAAGAUGCCCAGACAAGUUCGGUGAAGUUGCGGGGCGCUCGUGCAUGGACCGCGGUGGAGACGCAACACUCUUCCUGUCGCCCUUGACCUUGAUCCGCAUUCCGCUGCGAUUAGACUUGUUCGACUUGUUCGAUUUGAGCGAAGGCGUUCGCUGCAACUCUUGCUGUCGCUCGAAACCGGUGGCAACCGUAGCAGAACGGGGAUGGUUCACUUGGCUGCCCUGCGAUUGUUCACGCAGGUUCCCCGUGGAACUCGAGUGCGAAAGCGGGCGAAGAGUUGACUCGCGCUCAGACAUUGCCGGACGGCUGGGUGUGGGUGUGACUGCGUCGUCUUCAACAGGGGACGGAGGUGGUAGAGGACUGCUGCUAAGCGAGAGGGCAUGCUGUCGGCGGGGCUUCUUCGAUCCCCCCUUUAAGUCCUCAAGCGACUGUCCAUCUUUAGGCGUGCUCGAAGAGGAGGCGGACAUGUCACUGUUACGCGGGGAAGGUGGGAUGACCGUGACGUUGGGGUUAAUAGACUCGUUGUCUGUGUCACUCUGCUUGCCGCUAAGCGACUUGGAUGGUCUGUGGGUGCUCUGGCUAGCCCUUGAGACUGAGAUUGUUGGAUGGCGCUGCGAUUGGGCUGGGGAGGUAGACGAUGGUGAAGGGGACCGUGCUCCGUCGCGGUUCGCGCCCGACUUGACCAGUUUAGUGAAGAAGCUGGGCGCCAUUACUUCUUGCGGACCGUCUCCGAAGAAAAUCAAUUCUAGCGGCUGUCACAGGUGUUGCCCAACGGACAAAUCGGCUGUGAGUGGGGAUGGAUACGUCUAUCCUCUGGUAGGGACAGCAACUAGUGAAUACGACGCCAGAAUCACGCUUCAGACGUUUACGUCUUACAAACAGCCCUACUGCUACUGCGCGUUACUAUAGCCACCUCCUGGAAAUGCGCACGCGACUUGAGCUAUCUUCGUGUUGAGAACGGUAGAGGUAGAUAGUGGUUCGGUGAAAAGAGCCAAAGCCUCCAGAUGAG